GGGCCGCGGUAAAGUUUUCGACAUUCAUCUCAAUUAGCCUACAAAUGUGCAGCUCUUGCACACUCUGAUUCUGUGUUCCUCAAUUUUGUUACUUUUACAGUCGAGAGAAAAAGUAUCAUGACCACCAAUGAAGAAACAAAAGCUGAAAUAUCGCCUGAAGAUGUCGCCAAAGCUGACAAAUUCAAAGAACAGGCGAACGGUUUCUUUAAAAAGCAAGCUUAUGGAGAGGCCAUAGAUCUUUAUACAAAAGCAAUUGAACUUAAUCCUUGCAAUGCUAUAUACUAUGGAAACAGAAGUAUGGCAUAUCUACGCACAGAGUGCUUUGGUGCUGCUCUUAAAGAUGCUACAAAGGCAAUUGCUGUCGACCAGGGCUAUGUCAAAGGUUAUUAUAGAAGAGCUGAGUCGUAUAUGUCAUUAGGAAAGUUCAAACUUGCCCUAAAUGACUAUCAAGCUGUUGCAACUGUUCGACCAAAUGAUGCCGAAGCAAAACGAAAAGCUUUAGAAUGCAAUAAAAUAGUAAAGAAGAUUGCCUUUGAGAAGGCUAUAUCAGUUGAGACAAAGAGUAUAGCAGAUUCAAUUGACUUUGAGAGCAUGGCACUUGAAGGUGAUUACACUGGCCCUACAUUGGAGGAUGGAAAGGUUACUCUUGAAUUCAUGAAGCAGCUAAUGGAUACUUAUAAGAAACAGGGCAAGCUACAUCGUAAAUAUGCUUACAAGAUACUACUGGAUGUGAAACAGUGGUUCAUGAAACAGCCUACCUUGGUUGAAGUACCUAUCGCAGAUGAUGAUAAAUUUACUGUUUGUGGUGACAUCCAUGGACAGUUCUAUGAUCUCAUGAAUAUUUUUGACCUAAACGGACUUCCAUCUGAAACAAAUCCCUAUUUAUUCAAUGGUGACUUUGUUGACAGAGGAUCAUUCUCCGUAGAAUGUAUAUUUACAUUAUUUGGAUUUAAACUUCUAUAUCCAAACCAUUUCUUUAUGGCAAGAGGUAACCAUGAAAGCCACAAUAUGAAUCAAAUGUAUGGAUUUGAGGGGGAAGUCAAAGCUAAGUAUACCACCCAGAUGUCUCAACUUUUUACGGAAGUCUACAAUUGGUUACCCUUGGCUCACCUUCUGAACCAGAGAGUUCUUGUUAUGCACGGAGGUCUUUUCACUAAAGAUGAUGUAACAUUGGAUGACAUAAGGAAAAUUGACAGAAACAGAGAGCCCCCAGAAGAUGGUCUAAUGUGUGAAUUAUUGUGGUCCGACCCCCAACCACAGAAUGGCAGAGAGUCCAGUAAACGAGGCGUUGGUGUUCAGUUCGGUCCAGAUGUUACCAAUAAUUUCCUGAAAAAGAACAAACUUGAUUAUAUAAUUAGAAGCCACGAAGUUAAAAAUGCAGGAUAUGAGGUUGCACAUGAUGGCAAGUGCAUCACCAUAUUCUCUGCACCUAAUUACUGUGAUACAAUGGGAAACAGAGGGGCAUUCAUUACCCUCCAAGGGAAGGACAUGCUACCCAAGUUCACAUCAUAUGAUGCAGUACCUCAUCCAGAUGUGAAGCCUAUGAUGUAUGCCAACUCCUUACUCAACAUGCUUCCGUAGUGGAUCAGCAUUCUUAUCAGUAUAGCAAUUCAAAAAUUCCAGAACUGAUCACAUGUGACAACAAGAACAACAUUAAUUCAAAGACAGAUCAAUCCCUUGUAAAAGCUACAGAAAUUGAAAUCAUCUCGGUUUGAAAGUGAAGUAUGCUGAGGCUUUUUGUUAAUCUGUUUUCUGGGACCAUCUUUACUUUUUUAGCCAUUUUAAAAAAAACGCAUCUUAAUGAUAGAGUAAAUGCAUUUUUGUAUUAAAAAUCAGAUACGAAAAGGAACUAUGUCUUGUUGUCGGGUCUUCCCUCAUUUUAUAGGAUGUUUUUAUCACAAGCUUUUGAGUAGUUUGGUGAGAUGUGGUGAAAAUGCACGACCUGUGCAUUGUCUUGGUGGAUUAAUAAAUUUAAUUUCUAUACAUUUAA